UUGACAGAAUUAAAAAUGUUUAGGAACAAACUUGCAAGCCAAAAUAUAACACUGAAAUCAGAAUUUGAUGCUUUGUUAAAAUGCAAUGAAGAUUUAUAUCCUAAUAUUCAUUUUUUAUUUAUAAUUUUAUGCACCUUGCCAGUUUCUACAGCUUGUCCGGAACGGUCAUUUUCAAGUUUAAAAAGGAUUAAAUCAUAUCUACGCAACACAAUAUCUGAAAAGAGGCUAAAUGGUUUAGCAAUGUUAAGCAUUCAUCGCGAUAUUGACGUUAAUGUAGACGAAGUGUUGAAUGAAAUGUCUCAAAAACCAAGACGAAUGAAUAUUAUUUUGUGAUUUUUUUAUGAAAAUAAAUGUAUAAUAUUAUAAAUGUUGGUGUAGUUUUGAGUAACAUCAUGGUGACAUGACUAGCAUGGCCUAUAUAGUGUACUUUACCGAAAGGUAAGAUAACAUAAUGUGAUCCUAGAUAUUUUUCCCCCGCCUCGGCCUGCCCCCAAUGUGCUAAAUAAUUUUGGUCAUAUCACCCCCAAGAA